UUCUUCCUUCGCAUCUCUCUUUCCUCCCUCGCCACUCCCUCUCGAUGGCAGCCUCUUUAUCCACUUUUCAUCAUCUCAGCUCUUCCCUUUGUCCGGGGAACAUCGACAAUGCCAAGCUUUCCCCUACUCUUUUUCCUUCCCCCAUCAACUUAUCCUCAAACCCCAACAUUUCGCUCCAAUUCCUCAACAAAAAACAAUCCCCUCUCCUCUCUUCUACUCCAAGAUUCUUAACUGUCAUAGCCAUGGCUCCUCCUAAACCCGGCGGCAAAGCCAAGAAAGUGGUUGGAUUGAUAAAGUUGGCUCUGGAGGCAGGUAAGGCGACACCAGCGCCGCCUGUUGGACCGGCUCUUGGAGCAAAAGGUGUAAAUAUCAUGGCCUUUUGUAAGGAUUACAAUGCUAGAACUGCUGAUAAAGCUGGUUACAUUAUCCCUGUCGAAAUUACUGUCUACGAUGAUAGAAGCUUCACCUUCAUUCUAAAGACACCCCCUGCUUCUGUUCUGUUACUUAAGGCAGCAGGAGUGGAGAAAGGUUCAAAAGACCCAAAGCAAGAGAAGGUGGGGAAGGUCACCAUUGACCAAGUACGUGCCAUUGCUACUGAAAAGCUACCUGACCUGAAUUGUACGAGUAUUGAGUCAGCUAUGAGAAUCAUAGCUGGCACUGCUGCUAAUAUGGGAAUUGAUGUCGACCCACCCAUUCUUGUACCAAAAAAGAAGGAACUGGUGUAGUCGCCUACUUUGUCAUCAUGAUCAUCUGUAGCAUUAUUUACUAUUACCAUUUCGUAUCUCACCUGUGUAAGAAAUUCAUUGAAAAUCCUGAUGUGUAAUAAUCAUACAUUCAAUUUUGGUCU